AUGCUGAAGACGCGCUUCCAAAUCAACCCGGGCCAGCACCUGAAGCUGCUGCCCACAAUCCGCGAAAUAAUUGCCGAGGGCGGCGUCAGCCAGCUGUACCGAGGCGAGCAAUCCCCGCCCCGCCAGCGCCGUGGCUUGCCUGAGAUUCUGGGCCUGAUGCCGCGCGCCUCUGCCGCCAUGUCCACCCUGGAGUUUAGCAGGCGGUUCUUCCGGGAGCGCAGCGGCGGCGAGCUGCCAGCGCGCUACGCCUACGCGUCUGGCGCCCUGUCUGGCGUGAGUGAGGGCGUCGUGUUCGCUCCCUUCCAGGUCAUCAAGGUGCGGCUGAUGGCUAAGGAGCACCUGGGGCGCUACGCCAACACCCUGGACUGCCUGGGCCAGGUGCUGCGGCAGGAGGGCCCCGCGGCGCUGUUCAUCGGCAUCGCGCCCACGCUCUGGCGCAACUGCCUGUGGAACGGCGUUUAUUACGGCACCACCCACGAGCUGGACAGGGUGAUGCCGGAGCUGUGCAACCCCUGGGUGGCCGCGGGGCGCCAGCUGGCGAGCCAGCUCCCCGGGGAGCGGCGCUACACUCGCGUCUUCCCCACCCUGGCCACCAUCUGGCGCGAGGAGGGGCCCACCGCGCUGUACAAGGGAUUCGUGCCCAAGGCGCUGCGCCUCGGCAUCGGGCAGAGCGUGGGGCUGCUGACAUUCCAGGAGGCACUCAAGGCCUUUGGGGCGGCCCACACGCCCGCGGACGACGCGCGGGAGGCGCGCGCAGCGGCCCUCAUAUCGGAGUGA